GGUGGCCGCGGCGGCGCCCGGCGGGGAGCGGGAGGGGAGCGGGUCCGGAGCGGGCCGCCGACCCGAAACAGAGGGGGCAUCGGGAAGCUCCCUCGCCCAGGCGUCGGCGGCCUGAUGGAAUAAGAGGGGUCGGCUGUGAGUGUGUGACGUUGAGUGCUUCAGAUCUGGUCACUAUGGUACGAGAACGAAAAUGCAUAUUGUGCCACAUUGUGUACAGCUCAAAAAAGGAGAUGGACGAACACAUGCGGAGCAUGUUGCAUCACAGGGAACUUGAGAACCUGAAGGGCAGGGACAGUAGUCAUGAGUGCCGGGUGUGCGGGGUCACAGAAGUGGGUCUUUCCGCAUAUGCAAAACACAUUUCUGGCCAGUUGCACAAAGAUAACGUUGAUGCCCAAGAAAGAGAAGAUGAUGAAAAGGGAGAGGAAGAAGAAGAAGAGUAUUUUGACAAGGAACUCAUUCAGUUAAUAAAACAAAGGAAAGAACAAAGUCGACAUGAUGAACCUUCCAAUAGCAGCCAAGAAAUAAACUCUGAUGACAAGCGUCUCCAGUGGAGACGAGAAGACAGAACCCCUUACCAAGACAGAGAGGGCUACAGUCAGCCUGCGUGGCAUCAUCGCGGACCUCCUCCACGCGACUGGAAGUGGGAGAAGGAAGGCUUUGGUAACACCAGGAAGAGCAUCUUUGCACAUUCUUUGAGGAACAGUGGUGGACCAAGAGGCUGUUCUGGGUGGCAGAAGGGCAUUGGAGGAGGCUCCUCAACUUGGUUUCAUAACCACAGUAAUUCUGGAGGUGGUUGGCAUUCAAAUAAUGGAACAGUAGCUUGGAAUCACAAUGGUUCAGGAAGGAAUUCCAGCUGGCAUUCUGAAGGAACAGGUGGCUUUUCCAGUUGGCAUAUGAACAGUAGUAACGGAAACUGGAAAUCCAGUGUACGUGGUACAAAUAGUUGGAAUUAUAGUAACCCAGGAGACAAAUUUCAACCAGGCAGAAACAGAAAUUCUAACUGUCAAAUGGAAGACAUGCCUAUGCCGUGGAACAAGAAAUCUAAGUCAAAAAAAUACAGUCAAGAGAGAUAUAAAUGGCAGCGGCAAGAAAAUGACAAAAUUGGUACAGUUGCCAUGUAUAGAGGUCCCUCUGAAGGAUUUACAAGUGAUAAAUUUUCAUCACAAAACUUAUUUGACUUCAAUUUUGAGCAGGUGGAAAGCCAAACCACUAAACAGGCAGACACCAUAGCUUCCAAAAUUGGAGGGAAGAAUGGCAGUGCAGCAAGGGAGAAGUUCCGGCGCUGGACUCCUUACCCUUCCCAGAAGACUGUAGAUUUACAGUCAGGAAUGAAGGAAGUCACUGGUAACAAGGCAGAAAUGACAGAUAAGCCUUUCUUUGAUUUUACCUUAAACACAGGAACACGAGAGCCCCAAGUCAAUGAACCAAAUAAUUCCCCGACAGUGAAAACACAAAAAGAAACACACACUGGAUCUCUUCACCACAGAGCCCCGUCUGACUGCACGGCCUCCUGUGAGGUGGUGAGAGAAUGUCCUACCACAGAAAAACCCGAGCAAGUACAUAGCUUCAACAAGAUGCUGCCACUGAAAUCCCCACUUCUUCCAACUCCAGCCACUAAACCAGUCCCUCAAAAGCAAGGUCCAAAGAAUCCAUCAAAAAACACCAAAGCAAAUUCUUUUUUUUCUAGAGAACACUCAAAUUCCUCAAACAAACCCAAGGAAGAAGACACUCACAAUUCUUCUGGCAUGUCCAAAUUGCAGAGUUCACGUGUUUUAAAGGGGAAUAAAAGUAAAUUUGGCACUCAAAGGGAACCUGGUGAAAAUUUAAGUGAUACAUUACAAAAAGCCCAAGAGGUGUUACAGUUUCAUGAGUCAUUGCAAAAUCCACUUCUUAGCACUUCUAAAAGGACCAGGAAUGGUGCAAAAGCAAGCAGGAAUGUGGAAGAGUCUGAAAAAGGAUCUUUGAAGAUUGAGUUUCAAGUACGCUCAUUAGAAGGUGAAAGUGAUGGAGAGGUAUCUGACACGGAAAGGCAUGGAACAGAAAUCGGAGCCCUGAGUUCUGCAACUACAGAAGAUUUAUCCUGCGGCACUCCCAAUGCUGAUGAGAAGGAGGGGGAAGACCAAAACCUGAAACCAUCCAGAAAACUACCCACUUCCCCUUGUGAUUCAGUAGUUCACCAGAAAGAACCUGAGUUGGAAAUGACAUCUGCAGCCAGUCCACACUCCGACUUACUGCUGGACUUGAAAACCUCUCUAGAAGAUGUACAGGUUGAUGACUCUGUGAAAUCUCAGGUAUCUUAUGAAACAGAAGGCUUUGAGAGUACCGGCUUGGAUGCAGAGCUUCAAAAGAGUGACAUCACUCAGCCCUCAGGCCUUCUCCUGCCGGAACUAAGUAAGCUCGGCUUUCCUGCAUCACUCCAAAGGGAUCUCACUCGACACAUUAGUUUGAAGAGCAAAACUGGAACACACCUUCCUGAACCAAACCUCAACAGUGCUCGCCGCAUCCGCAAUAUUAAUGGUCACCGAAAGAGUGAAACAGAAAAGGAAUCUGGGCUCAAGCCGACCCUUCGGCAGAUUCUAAAUGCAUCUCGGAGAAAUGUCAAUUGGGAACAGGUCAUUCAUCAAGUAACCAAGAAAAAGCAAGAGUUAGGCAAAGGCUUACCCAGGUUUGGUAUAGAAAUGGUGCCUCUAGUACAAAAUGAACAAGAGGUCUUGGAUUUGGAUGGGGAGCCUGAUCUGGCCAAUCUAGGAUUCCAGUGGGAAGAUGUUUCCAUUUCUGCAUCCCCUGGGUUGGCCAGGAAGCGAAGCCUCUCUGAGAGCAGCGUGAUCAUGGACAGGGCUCCUUCUGUGUACAGCUUCUUCAGUGAGGAAGGGACGGGCAAGGAAGAUGAGCCCCAGCAGAUUUUUUCACCUGGCAGCUCACUGAGGGCCACGCAGAGACAGAAAACAACCAUGGGCCUUAAGCAGGAAGUGAUACCUCUGGCCGCCUCCCUGAGAACAGGUGAAAGGGCUGCAAAUGUUGCUACUCGAAGACGACAUAGUGCACAGUUACCCUCUGACUGUGCAAUGUCUUUGAUGCAUUUGGCAAAAGACCUGAACGGCCAGGAGAGUUCUGCACCACCUUCAGAGAGUCACAAUGCCCAGGAGAGUAAUGGAGAAGGAAACUCUGUAUCAUCAAAUGCAUCCUCAGCUCUUGCAGUCUCCAGUUUGGCAGAUGUAGGCACAGAUAGUAGCUGUACCUCAGGUGCUGAACAAAAUGACGGCCAGAGCAUCAGAAAAAAACGAAGAGCCACCGGAGAUGGAUCUUCUCCUGAAGUCCCAAGUCUUGAGAGAAAAAAUAAAAGAAGGAAAAUUAAAGGAAAGAAAGAGCGUUCUCAGGUUGACCAGCUGCUGAAUAUCUCCUUAAGGGAGGAAGAACUAAGCAAAUCGCUGCAGUGCAUGGACAAUAACCUUCUGCAAGCCCGUGCAGCCCUCCAGACGGCUUAUGUUGAAGUUCAGAGGCUGCUGAUGCUCAAACAGCAGAUAACUGUGGAGAUGAGUGCACUGAGGACCCAUAGAAUACAAAUUCUACAGGGAUUACAAGAAACAUACGAACCUUCUGACCGCACGUACCAGGGACCCUGCAGCCUUCCACGAGAACAAAGGAGCAGUAGAUCUCAAACAUCUGCUGAUGCCAUGCUGCUGCCUGCCCCCUUUUUCCCACUUCUUCUGGAGUCUCCGUCUUCCCAUGUGUCUCCGUCAUCCACAGGAGUCCCUUUCCAAGUGACCACAUCUCCUACUUUCCAAGCUCAUGGCAGCGUUCCUGCUCCAGACUCGUCAGUUCAGAUAAAACAAGAACCCAUGUCUUCUGAACAAGACGAGUAUUUGAAUGCUGUGUCGCAGAUCUCUCCUUGCAGUAUGUCCAAGGAAUUACUGCAAGGAGAGAAUGGUGACCAUCGCCCAGUCUCCCCAGGCAUCACCGCAACAUUGUCCUCGUCAGAGCUGACAGAAGGUUUCCGUGAGCCUAGCCAAGAGCUGAAGUUUUCUGUGGAGCAAGGAAAUACCAGAAACAGAGAAAAUGCUCUCUAUUCCCAAUCAACUGGCCUUCCUAGCGUAAAUAAAGAAGGCGAAGAGCCAGCCAAAGGCAACAGCGGGUCUGAAGCCGGCACCAAUUCUUUUCCAAGAUUGUCUUUCGCUUCAGAAACCCCUUUGGAGAAGGAGCCCCACUCUCCAGCUGACCAGCCUGAACAACAGGCAGAGUCUACUCUGACAUCAGCUGAAACCAGGGGUAACAAGAAAAAGAAGAAACUUAGGAAGAAGAAAACUCUGCGGGCCACCCAUGUUCCUGAGAACAGCGACACCGAACAGGAUGUAUUUACUGCUAAACCUGUGAGGAAAGUGAAAACUGGAAAGUCAACUAAAGGAGGGAAGGUGGCCACCUCCACCUGGGAGGACAGCAGAACUGGCCCAGAGCAGGAGAGUGUCAGAGACGAGCCCGACAGCGACUCCUCUCUGGAAGUCCUGGAAGUUCCUAACCCUCAGCUGGAAGUGGUAGCCAUUGAUUCUUCCGAAUCCGGGGAAGAGAAACCAGACAGCCCAUCUAAGAAGGACGUUUGGAACAGCUCAGAGCAAAACUCACUAGAAACUUCUCGUUCUGGCUGUGACGAAGUGAGCUCUACCAGUGAGAUUGGCACUCGUUACAAAGAUGGGAUCCCCGUAAGUGUGGCAGAAACUCAGACUGUGAUCUCCUCCAUAAAAGGAUCAAAGAGCUCUUCAGAAAUAUCUUCAGAGCCAGGAGAUGAUAAUGAGCCCACUGAAGGGAGUUUUGAGGGGCACCAAGCUGCAGUGAAUGCAAUUCAAAUAUUUGGGAAUUUACUGUAUACCUGUUCCGCAGAUAAAACUGUGCGAGUUUAUAAUCUGGUGAGUCGGAAGUGCAUUGGUGUCUUUGAGGGCCAUACUUCCAAAGUGAAUUGCCUCCUGGUCACUCAGAUCUCCGGGAAGAAUGCUGCCCUGUACACUGGUUCCAGCGAUCACACCAUUCGCUGCUACAAUGUUAAGACGCGGGAGUGUGUGGAGCAGUUACAGCUGGAAGACCGGGUUCUUUGCCUUCACAGUAGAUGGCGAGUCCUCUACGCGGGACUAGCGAAUGGCACUGUGGUCACCUUCAACAUAAAGAACAACAGGCGACUGGAAAUCUUUGAAUGCCACUGCCCUCGGGCAGUUAGCUGCUUGGCCACAGCUCAGGAAGGUGCCCGGAAGCUGCUGGUUGUGGGAUCUUACGACUGUACCAUUAGUGUACGUGAUGCACGGAAUGGGCUCCUCCUCAGAAGCCUGGAGGGCCACAGCAAAACCAUUCUGUGCAUGAAGGUGGUGAAUGACCUUGUGUUCAGUGGCUCCAGUGACCAGUCGGUCCACGCCCACAACAUUCACACGGGCGAACUUGUGCGGAUCUACAAAGGCCACAGCCACGCAGUGACUGUGGUGACUAUCCUGGGGAAGGUGAUGGUGACCGCUUGCCUGGACAAAUUUGUCCGUGUGUAUGAGUUACAGUCUCACGAUCGACUGCAAGUUUAUGGCGGACACAAAGACAUGAUUGUGUGUAUGACCAUCCAUAAAAGCAUGAUCUAUACGGGCUGUUAUGAUGGCAGUAUUCAGGCUGUGAGGCUAAAUCUGAUGCAGAAUUACCGCUGCUGGUGGCACGGCUGCUCUCUGAUAUUCGGCGUGGUGGAUCAUUUAAAGCAACACCUGCUGACUGACCACACAAACCCAAACUUUCAGACUCUGAAAUGUCGCUGGAAGAACUGUGAUGCUUUCUUCACUGCUAGGAAAGGAUCCAAACAGGAUGCUGCAGGGCACAUUGAACGACAUGCCGAGGAUGACAGCAAAGUCGAUUCGUGAAGUUUUUUGCCUCCCAUGUUGGGAAGUCAUUCGUUGAACCAAUUUCACAUUGGCCCCUCACACGGGCCCCUGUCUUCCCUCCCCCGGGGAAGCGGGGUACGGGAAGUGAUUCCCAGCCAGGCUUACCUGGAGCACAAGUCUGGGCAGCUCUGUGGGAAGAUAGGUUACACUUCAAGUUCUUGCUGGAGGUUUGUCAAAUGUAAAGAGGUUUUAAGGAACCAUAGUCCUCUGGAACAGCAUGGCAUUUAGUAAUUUAUGCUACUAUUGUUCUCCAGAAGUUUAUUAAAGAUGCACACCUUAAUUGGUUACCUAAUUUGACCCUAAUCAUAUUUUUAUUGAUUUCAGUUUAUGAUUGUUAGUUUAUGUUCUUAUGAUGGUUUAAACCUAUAGUCAGGCUUUUACAUAAGUACCAGUUUGUUCAGAUGCUAGAUUUUUAGGAUCAGUUUUAAUUUUUCUAGUUGUAAUAAUUAGGUAUCUAAAUUGGAAGCAAAUGGUUUCCUUCUUAACAAUUAUGUUUAGUGUGUUUCGAUAUUCUCCUGCCUUGUAGAUGGACAGAGCUGGCUUUAAAUGCUAAAGGGAGACCCAGGAGCUUUCUAGCAGCUGGCGUGACCGCUCUGCCGACUGUGUUGUAGGGACUCAGGCAGCUCCUUACAGACGGGACGGCUCUACCUGAUGAGCCUCCUGUGCAAGUUUCACAGGAGUGCUUGGCUCAGGGCGGCACACAGACCCAGUGUCCGCCUUGCAGUGCGGUGGUCAGGCCCGACCUGGGUGCUCCUUGCUGCGGGGACUGAACUAGAAGUGUAGCCUUUAUCUCUCUUUCUGGUUUCAGGCUCUCCCAGGCUGCUGAGGGUUUGAAACCUUUUAGUUUGCUCCAUUGCCCACCCCAUCUCUCCCAUUCUCUAGAUGGCAGCCAGCAGGUACUUUCCUGGGCUUACAGGAUGUUUUCCACUCACCUGCAGCACCUGAGAUGGGAGAGUUAGGGUAAAGCAUCUGAAUUCAGUUUCUAGGGCCUCAGCAGGCUUCUCAGAGACUGAUUCUAAAACCUUUGUCCUGCCUUCGCCCCUCCACCAGCUGGGGAAGGAGAGUGGAACCUGGUGACGGUAGAGACUCUACCUGUCCACUGAGAGCAGCCGCAUUAACAAAGCCUUAGUGAGACUGCUUUGUUUUUAGAUUUUCUCUGGACUCUUAAGGAAAGCAAUGGAAGUGUUGCUUUCCAUUCUUUUGUUUCCAGAUUCACAGAACUCUGAAAGAUUCCCCAGAGAUAAGAAGGAGGGAGGAGAGCCCAGGGCCACACGGCCAAACUUUGGGACGUGGCACCUACUGUUUCCUAGGAUGGCAGAGCAUCCAGGUUUCUCUCCACUCCUGUUAGUGAACACACGUCUGCUCACUUGUCCUCUUCACUCUGGCUCUAGGGCAGGGGAGCUUCUCUGGGAAUUCACGGGUAGGUUUCAAGAGGGUAUGGGAGCCCCCUGAAGUUGUAUACAAGACAAAGUAUGUGGUCUUUUCUCGAGGGAAGGCUGUAGUGGUUCUUACUGGAUCCAAAACAUUGAGAACUAAUAUAGGAGCUACUACUAGCUAAUGAAGGCCCCCCAGCUGUUUGCUUUUGUCUUUGUGAGUGGGUAGACUUCUGUUGACUACACUAUCUGCUGAGAUUUACAGGACACCAGAGAGAUCAGAGAGGAUGCUGUUGCAUAAAGACUCUGUGCUGGUUCUCUGUGAGAUCAGGAAGCCUCUCCCUCCUCUCACCCCCAUUUCCCGGACAGGCGGCCAGAGGAGCUGGGCUGUUCUGUGGGUUUGGGAAUAGCGAUUCCCCAGGAAAGUAUAUUUGGAUUCAUUGCCAAACCUGGCAUUUUUCUCUGGGCUGCAGUGAAGCAGCAUUUACAGGUUGGCCGGGCAGUGUGCUAGGAAAGCCUCACGUGCUCUGUUGCAUAGUGUCCUUCUGUCCUGCCUGAGGGCGUGCCUGAAACGCAGAGACUGGCGGAGCCUUUGGGGCAGGUGUUGGGCAGUCACCCUGCAGUGGAACCUCUGCAGGUAAAAUCAGUAAGAACUGGUUCGGAUUUCACUUUGGUGGAAUUGUGCACAGUCUGCCUGCCUUUGUGUGUGAAUGUUCCUUGUGUGUGCGCAUGCAGGGGCACCUGUGCUGUAACGCUUUUCCUCAUUUCACAAAACUUGUCUUUGAAGCAGUGGCAAUAAUGUAUUUGUUUCAAGGAUGCGUACAGUGUAUUUAGCAUCAGGUUAGUGUGUUACCCUAAAUGCAACGCUCCAGUCCUCUGUUUAGCAAUAAAUGCACCACGAGCACCUCAGCUGCUUACAUAUGGUUGUGUAUUACUACUUUUAAGUGUCUUGAAAGUUAUGCAGAAUUUUGGCUGUUUUGAUCUUCUACAAUGUCUUGACUGGUUCUAGUCCUCUGUUCCGCCUCAGAGAAGAGCUGUGGCUCAGGGAUUUGCUUAUCUGCACAUCUAGUACUUUAAGAAGACGGGAAACUUCCAUGACCUGACAAAACCUGACUCAUUUAUUAUAAGGAGUUGGCGGCCAUUUUUUAGAAUGUUGUUGAGAAUUGCGUGUGCCUACUUUGAACGGCUUGAAGCCAAGGAGACAGUAGUGUGAAACCUGUUGUGUACUUAUGGUAGUGUCUUAAUGGCCGUGUGUUCUGAUAUGAUAUCAGUCACUUCGAGUUUUAUCCUAAAGUUUUAAUUAGGUUUAAAAUGUAUUUUAGCACAAUCCUGUACUCAAGUUAUAACAGCAAUUAAACAUGAUGCAAACAAAACUCUAAGAACAAAGAAUUAUUUUGACCUCGUGUUACUUGAAUUGAAGAGAACGUCAUUGCCACUCUCCUGCUUUUGUGGGGAGGAUUUUUUUCUGUCUCAGAAGAGCCAGCAGUUGAGUGUUUGACCUGCUUAUAAGUUACAGGCAAUAUCAUUGCUAUUUAAGUAAUUAUUUGCCUCACAAAGGUUUCUGUUUGUUUGUUUGCUUGUUUUGGGGGGUAGAUCAUGCAGUGGACAACUUCAGUGGCAAGUAUGUGGGUGGUUUGCUGGAAGCAGGUGUACAACACUCAGUGCGGGGGUGUGGUGUGUUUCAUGGAAGAGAAUUCAUUGGAGGGGAGAUCAGAGUACAUUGUGAAGUGAGAUUUGAAUUGCACGUUCCCUCUGGUUUGUUCAAAUAGCUACAGUUAACAUGUGCUGGCUUACAGAUUUUGUUUCUGUCACCUAAAGGAGAGCUUUUAGAACUGCUAGGAAGGCCAUGCCUGCCACAUGGAUGAAACAGUGGUUUUGCUCCUGCCCCAGAUCCUCAGGGCCCUCAGAAUCGCAGAAGGGCCACCUGGUGGCCAGGAACAGAAGCUGUGGUGGGGCGCUGGGGGCUGUACUGGGCUCCCCGUGCAAGGGGGUGUGAGAUUCAGGUGUGAACCUGAACUACUCCUUACCAGACAGUAACCUCUCACCUCACCUCCAACUCCCAGUGCGUGGCCCUGCUGGGUCACGUGGCCCCUGAAAUUUCCCAGAUUUGCUAUAAAUUCACGGUGGUAGCCCAGUUGGAUUAGGGGGGAGGAGAGUCAGGGAGGAAAGGCUGUACUGAAGGUCUUUCUGCUGCUUAAGAGGGAUGCGUGCCAGGGAGCUGCCCCAGCACCCCUGGUAUUCGAGCUGUUUCUAUGGAAUGUGGGUUAGAAGAAUGAACUCAGAUGACAUUUGACUGCAAAAAUGUUUAUAAGCAAAUAGCUUAUCCUUCUUACAUUUUGGUAUAAACCUGUGAACUUCAUAACUUUGUAAAGCAAGGUAUAAAGCAAAUACAAGAGGAAAAUAAAGUACUUUUAUUAAUUGUU